UCGUCCUCUCUCUGGAACUUGUCUCUGGGACUCGUCCUCUCUCUGGGACUCGUCUCUGGGACUCGUCCCCGUCAUGGACGGUCUGGAGAAGCAGCUGGUUUGUCCCAUCUGUCUGGAGAUGUUCUCCAAGCCGGUGGUCAUCCUGCCAUGUCAGCACAACCUGUGCAGGAAAUGCGCCAACGACGUGUUCCAGGCAUCCAAUCCCUACCUGUCCAGCAGGACCGGCGCCACGGUGACGUCAGGCGGACGGUUCCGCUGCCCGUCCUGUAGACACGAGGUGGUUCUGGACCGGCACGGCGUCUACGGGCUGCAGAGGAACCUGCUGGUGGAGAACAUCAUCGACAUGUACAAGCAGGGCAGCACCAGUAAACCAGAACCAGAGAAGAAGCAGGAGCCGAUGUGUGAGGAGCAUCCUGACGAGAAGAUCAACAUUUACUGCAUCACCUGCAGCGCCCCCACCUGUUCACUCUGCAAAGUGUUCGGACAACACAGAGACUGCCAGGUGGCGCCGCUGAGCCACGUCUUCGCCAGUCAGAAGGCUGAACUCACUGACUGCGUCUCCUUGCUGGUUGGGAACAACGAGCGGAUCCAGGCCAUCGUCAGCCAGCUGGAUGAAACCUGCAGAGCUGUGGACGAGAACGGCCGGCGGCAGAAGUCCAGGGUUUGCGAGACAUUUGACCGCCUGUUUGCGCUGCUGGAGGAGAAGAAAGGCGAGAUGACAGUCAGCAUCAGCUGCGAGCAGGAGGAGAAGCUGGACUACAUCCGCAGUCUGAACAGGAAGUACAGCGAGCACCUGGAGGAGACCGCCAAACUGCUGGAGACCGCCAUCCAGACCAUGGACGAGCCUGAGAUGGCUGUUUUCCUCCAGUCGGCCAAGCCUCUGCUGCAAAAGCUGCUGCAGUCCACGGACACAUCCCACCUGGACAAUGUCCAGCCUGGUUAUGAGAAUAUGGACCACUUCACCGUAAACUUUGACCCCCAGAGGAAGGCACUGGCGGACGUUGAAUUCAUCAAACUUGAUGAUGAUGAAAGCGAAGAUGAGGUGGAAGCUAGAGGACAGCCGCACGUCGCACCCGCAGCAGCCAAUCAGCAGCCUUCACUGGCUCCUCCCCAAGCCCCGCCCCUUCACACUAAGAACCCCGCCCCCUCAUCGUCAGCCCCGCAGCCCCCGCCCCCUACCCCUCUCCCCACGACUAGCUCCGCCCCUCAGUCCGAUCACCAGAGCGAGUUGGAGGACAAAGACGGACCCAAACACGUCUUCUCUUUCAGCUGGCUCAACCAGAAGUAAGAGAUCUGGGUCCUGGAGGACCUGGAGAUCCUGGAGAUCCUGGAGAUCCUGGGGCUUCAUGCAUAAAGCGUGCGCACAAUAAAUGUGUGGCGCCGUAUUUUACACACAAGUCAGAAUGUAUAAAAAUUAACUUUGGGUCAAAUAUACGCUCACAUUUACUCUGGUGUGAAAAUGUGCUGCAGCCACACAGUAGCAAUAAUUUAUUAUUGUUUCUGUGGACAAUAAUAAACUACAAAGAGUCAAAACUCACUAAAUCCACUGAAAUCUGACGACAUCCAGUUAUUUAGACCAAGAAGCAUCAAACCAGAUGAUUGUCAUGAUUUUAAUAUUUGAUUGUUUAAAUGAAGAACCUGAACCACAUUUAUCCUCAGACAAUAAGCUAACACACACAAAAUAUAAAAAAUAAAAAGACGUGAAAACUUCACUUGAAUACUUUUAAAGUUUGUCUCAUAAAGAUGUAACGCAUCGUCUAAAUGCAUCUAUGGGUCAUUUCCUUCUGACUGAAAAAGAAAACAGAGUUGAUCAGCAGAUUAACUCCAAACAGGUUGGAUUAUUUGAGGUGAUCAAGGUGUGAAGACGAUCUCACCUGUGUGCUGAGCCACAACGUAACUGAGGAGUUCUGGCUCUGAUGGAGAAGAUCGCCAGUGGAAGGAUUCACAGGGAGCCAUUGAUCAGAGAUCAUAUUGAUCUGAUGGUUUAUUAGCGUUUAGAUUAAUUCAUCCUGGACUCUGAGCAGAACUUAAAAGAAGGAACCGGUACCGGUCCAGCUGCAGUCAUCCUUUGUGAAUGCGCCUUAUGGACAGAAAUCAUCUCGACUCUGUAAAUGUAACGUUUGCUGAUGAUUCCUGGAUUUAGAAUAAACGUCCACAUUCCCAGUCAAAGACUCUCUGAGUCUCUGUGUCUUUAAGAACCGGCGUUCUGUUUAUCUGUGCUACCUGUAAAUCCGUCCUACCUUGUGGUCAUGCUCACAUCGAUGCUACGUCACAAUCUGCUGACUCAGCAGAUUUCUUAUAAAUCCGUCCUACCUGUGGAAGUUUCGUUUCAUGUGUUUUAUUUCAUCGCAGAUUACGGUUAGCUUUAUUUCAUUUAUUUUAUUCCCGGCUUUCAUUAAGCUGCUGAAUUACUUCAUGGUUUUACUUUACAUGACAGCAGCUUGUAAAUUUAUCUAUAAAUGGUUUUAGUUUGCUGUCUGAAAUGUCGUUCCUGUAAACAUAUCAUUAUUUGGCGGUUAAUCAGGACAAAAUAUGUUGGGUUUUUAGCUAUUUUGUCCUUAUAAUUAAAAAUAUUUUAGUUUAAUAACGCUCUUUAUUACUAAACUUUGCUGAAUAGAUGUUAGUGAUACUAUGUGGGAUUUUAGCUGUGUAAUAUUAGUGUAUAUGAAUCAUAUCCUAUCAUUUCAGUGACCUGCUCAGUUCAGUGACACAUUGUGGCUGCAUUUAAUAAAGUCUGUCAUACAGCAGAUUAAUGCACAAAAAAAGAGUCACACUGAUCUGUAUUUGUCUUUAAUUCCAAUAAAACCUGUUUCCUCUGUCUGA